GUGGAGGAAUAACACAUAUCAAAAACUGUCUGCUUAAAGUUUUCUCUGUUGGAGAAAGAAAGAAGAGUGAAACAUGGGGAGCAGAAGUAAGAGAGGAUGACAAACUUUUGACUGACAUACGUUCUCAGGAAUGUGUUUUAAUCCAUCAUGUCCUGACGAUGAUGGCAAAACUGCAGCUGAAACUUUUCUUCAGUGAUGUGCAAAGGAGUUUUCAUCUAAGACAGAGCGGACCAGGAUCCCUGUACAAGUCUGUUCGCUUUAUUAGUUAAAAUAAUUGUUCCCAUUUCUAUAUUCAUCGUCUACACGUGCGCGUGUAUGGGCUCUGACACUUACUGGACUUUGUAAACAAAAACAAAAAACUAAAAAAGACUCUAAACUUCAGCAAUACUGUACUGUACAGUUCCUGAACUGUAAAUUUGGCUUAAUUGAUAUUGUAAAGGUAUAUGUGCUGAACUGAAAACACGGGCGUCAUGAAUAAGUUGAAUUCGGUUAACAGUCACACGGAGCUCCAGCAGCGGCUGGCGGAUCACGGCGGAUCCGGAGACAGUGCGAUUGAGAACGGCACGAAACACAUCGUGAGCCCCUCUGAACCUGCCGACAGUGUGGAGUGCUCCAACAGGAAGAUGCUGGUCGGGCUGGACAUCCUCUGUCUGCUCGUGGCCUCCAUUCCAUUCUUCGCCUGUGAGCUGAAAGCGGUGACUCCAUACAUGAGGGGCUUCUUCUGUGGGGACUCCAGCAUCACUUACCCUUACACAGAGAGUGAGGCCAUUCCUGAUAGUAUGCUUAUAGCUGGGGGCAUCAUCAUCACAGGGCUUACGAUUGCUGUUGGGGAGUGUUACCGGGUGCGAUUCAGAGGCGUGCAUUCGCGCGCUUUUGUGCGGAACUGCUACAUUUCCUGCCUGUACAAGGAGCUUGGUAGCUUCCUGUUUGGUUGCUGUGUGGGGCAAUCCGUGACUAACAUGGCAAAGCUGAGUGUGGGCCGACUUCGUCCACACUUCCUGUCUGUGUGUAACGUGACGUAUGCGUCGCUCAACUGCACACCUGGAACCUACAUCCCAGACGUCGUCUGCAAGAACUCCAGCUCUAAAAUGGUGGAGGAGGCCAGAAAGUCCUUCUUCUCGGGCCAUGCGUCUUUCGCCAUGUACACCAUGCUUUACCUGGCAUUUUACCUGCAGGCACGGUUGUCAUGGCGAGGGGCGCGGCUCCUGCGACCAUUGCUGCAGUUCAUGUUGGUGAUGUUAGCAGUGUACACAGGACUCAGCCGCAUUUCUGACUACCGCCAUCAUCCCACUGACGUCCUGACCGGCUACCUGCUAGGAGGACUCACCGCUUACUGGGUGGCCUUUUACAUCUCGUCCAUGUUUAAGACGUCUCAUCCUAACAUGUCCCCCACGAGCCUGUCUCUGGAGAGCCCCUUGUCCAGCCAGCAGACGGUCUGCUAACAGAGCACACCUGGACAUAGAGACACCUGAGAGACACGAGAUAGAUUGACAGGGAAAGUGAGAAGUAAGGGGGACGUGAUGAAGUGAAGAAGGGGGCUGGGACAAAGAAAUUUGGAGCAUGCUCAUGUCUUGACAAAUCCUCACAGAAAACCAUUUCCUGCCUGGUCAGAGAGAAGAAGAGCAGUUAUAUACAUCUAACCCUGCAACAAACCCGUCCACAAUCUAUCAACCCUCCAUAGAAAAAAGAUAUUUUUAUAUAAAAAGUUUAUCCUUUAUAUUUUUUGAAAUAUGUUAUAGUUGAAGCUGCUAAUAAUUGUUGUUUUAUAAUUUGUCACAUGUAGUCCAUGCUUGUUCUUGUAGUCACAGAGUUUCUCACAUUACAGUAAUUCAAAGAUAAUAACUCGUUAUUUAUCGCCAUAUGUAACGCUAAUAGAGACUUUUGACAUCAACCUUUCACGCUAUCGUGUUUUGUGUUGAAUGAGACCCACCAGUCUAAUACGCAGAAUUGUGUUAUGCCAAUGGACUAAAAUGGACAGAUCACAACACUUAAGCCUCAGACCACACCCCCUUUGUUUUUGCUAUAGAGCUGUUCGGUUAUUAGUCCUAAAACCCUGGAUAGAUUAAGCGUCCCCCAGGAAUUUCUAAUGGGUUUUUAGAAUAGCUGUUCUCGAAUAAUGAGUCAAAUCUCAACAUCACUUGAAGAGACAUUCACAUUCUGUUCUACAACAUAAAUUGCCCACACUCAUACCUUAGACAUGAAUUUUAAAGCCGCUUUGUGCAUUAAAAACAGUUGCUAACAGUUGCUACUUGCUACAUAAUGACUGCAACGCUUACAUUUACUUUUAUCCAAAGCGACUUACAAAAGAGGAAAACGUAAGCGAAUCAUCUUAAGGAGACAGUGGUGCGAAAAGUGCCAUAUUACAAAGUUUCACUAGCAUCAGAAUAGUAUUCAACGCUUCUCUGAUUCAAGCCUGUAAUCUCACAUCUUUGUGUAGUAGUUAUUCUAGUUGUAGCAACCUAUCAGAAAUUUACAUUUUUAAAACAGACUGGAGAUUCAAAAUUCAAAUUUAAGGUAUGACUGUGUGAAAUGUAUCUUGUAGAAUACAUUUUUGUUGUUGUAGUCCUUGUGUGGUAGCUUGUUAGCAACUUAGCAACUCUUUUAAUGCAAAAAUGGCCUCGAAAUUCACAUCUGAUGUGUGACCUUCGCAAAAAAAUGUGAAGACCUCUUUAAAUUAUGUUAACAACAGACCUUAUGUUACUCAUAAAUUGAGAACCACUAUUCUAAAAGCAUCGGAAAUUGCAGAGGGAAGCCAUUAGCUUAAAAAUGUUAGUUGUGAAAGUUCUCGUUUUAGUGCUAUAAACUAUAUAGCUCUAUUAGACCUACCUAGACCACUACUCCGGUGCGUUGUUGCACAAUCAUAGCGGUGCCAAUUGUAGACACCUUCGGUUCAUUAAAAGCACAGAUUUGAAAUCUGAUUUUAUGCUAAAGAAAUUAAGCUUGACCUGUUGUGUUGUAUUAAAGUGGGAUAAACCCCAUGUUUGUACUAACCACUUUCACGGCAUGAGUCGGACUACAGAGCGACUGAAAGGAGGUUUGACCCAAAAACCUCCUCAACCCCUGCGUCUGCACCACGAAGGCUUGAAUCCCACCUUCAGCAGACCGGGGGUCUAUACCUGUGUACCCUUUACUACUCAUAGCACUUGAAUUACACUAUGAAAACUUUUAAUUACUAAAGAUAAUAUUUUAUAUUUUGUCUUGUUUAAUCAGUGUUUUACUUUCUUCCUGCGGUCAGUGCCAUUUGUUUGUGUGUAUGUGUGUUAUUUUCCCCCAAAUUAUAAUUAUUCAGAAUGAAUGUAAAUAAAUCAUUUUAUAAACAAUCCAGAUUUUUAGAAGUAUUAGUAUCAGUUUUGUAAGUUUGUUUUACAUGUUUAUAUAUGUUUUUAUCGUUCGUGUUGAUCAGGUAUGCAGAGUUAUUGUUCUAAUUGUAAAAGAGACUAGUGACUGAGCCAGAGAUAUAUGUUAUGUUAUGUUAUCAGAAAGCUAUAUUCUACUUAUCUAGUGUCAUUUCAUUUGUUGGUUCCCCUGUGAAAGUCUGCAAGGCUGAAAUAACCACUGUAUUAAUAAACCAAACCAAUAAAAGGAAUGUUCAAUC